AUGCCAUACUCUAAUACGAACGAGGUUUCCAGGAUAAGUGACGAGAUGAUCGAGAAUAAAGUUGCACCCUUCAAAAGGGGAAAGCAAGUCAAAAUAGAAACAUACCAUAGCGGAGUUGAUAGGGAAGCCCUAGCAAAAGUGAAUUCGAAUAACCUCAAGAAAGAUACAGAGAAGAAAUUUCAAACAAGAGUACGAAGAGAUAAUAGCGAGCUAGCGUAUAAUUCAUUAAAGAAAAGACGUGUGUAUAAAGAUAGUGGAAGCUCAUCCUUUGAACAAAAAACGUCACCACCGAAUUUUGAAAAUGAAACAACAUCCUAUGAACAGAUGUCAAGAAAUGAGGUCCAUGCCUGGAACGAUUUAGACUCAGAUGAAAAAGAUGAUAUUUGCAUGGUCACUGAAUAUACUGAUGAUAUAUUCCAGCAUCUCUAUGAACGUGAACAACAAACCCUUCCGUCUCACAAUUACCUAACAGAUACCAACUCACCCAGUUAUUUACGACCAUCGGUAAGAGCCGUCUUGGUAGACUGGCUUGUCGAAGUUCAUGAGAAGUUUUCCUGCUUCCCUGAAACUCUGUAUUUGGCAAUCAACUUAAUGGACAGAUUCUUAUCAAGAAAUAAAGCUACAAUAGAUAAACUACAAUUGGUAGCCGUGACAUCUUUAUUCAUAGCAGCCAAAUUUGAAGAAAUUCAUCUACCGAAGAUUGCAGAAUACUCAUACAUUACCGAUGGCGCUGCAUCAAAGCUUGAUAUAAGGCGAGCUGAAAUGUUCAUGCUAACCAAGUUAGGGUUUGAUAUUGGCUGGCCAAAUCCGCUGAAUUUCUUGAGAAGGAUAUCUAAAGCAGAUAAUUAUGAUUCGACAACGAGAAACAUUGCUAAAUUUUUACUAGAAUAUUCAAUAUGUUCCCAUAGAUACGUGCAUUUAAAACCCUCAUUACUUAGCGCUAUAUCAAUGUAUAUUUCGAGAAGAAUAACUGCUAAAAAUGACAUAUAUUGGGAUGCAAACCUAAAACACUACAGUGGAGACAUUGAUCCAUUUAACGACAACGAGUUCCAGCUACAUUCCAGACAAUUAGUGACAGAUUUAAGUUCGCCGUAUUCAAAAUUAGAAUAUCUAAUAAAAAAAUAUCAAAAGAGAGAUUAUGGUGAAGUUUUCUAUGUGGCAAAUGAUUGGUGUCAACAAGAAGUCAAGAACGAAUUUACUAGACUAUUUCCUCCAAAUAUACAAUCAAUUAUCUAA